CGCCCCCACCUUUCCGCUUCAGAUCUCUUUUUCCUUUACCCGCCUCGCCGCCGGCCGCCGCCGCCGUCAAAGCCGGUAAACUCCGCCCGCCAUGGAGGGCGUCGGCGCGCGCCUCGGGCGCACCUCGGCCCGCUACGGCCCCGCCACGACGUUCACGGGGCCCGUCAGGAAGUGGCGCAAGGAGUGGGUGCCCGUCGCCGCCUCCGCCGCCGCCGCAGCGGCCUCUUCCACCGCGGGGGCGGGCUCCGGCGCCGGAUCCCGCGGGAACAACCUCGUGCUCUUCAAGUGGACCCCGAUGAACGGCGCCAACGGGGGUGGAGGAGACGGGGAGCAGGCGGCGGCAGCGGCGGCGGCAGCGGAGGAGGAGAAGGCCACGAAACGGCGGCGGUAUGUGCCGGUUUCUGUAGUUGAAGAGGAAAGGCAAGAAUCUGGAAAAUCUGAUGAUGAAAAUAAGGGAAAUGAUGGAGAACCAUCAUCCACUGAAACUGAGCCAUCUAAUGGAAAAACUAAUAUUAAUGAUACACCAAUGGAUGAAUCUCAGGAUUCUGGCAAAAAUGGCGGUGGAACUGACCUAAAUUUAAACUUGGGUUUAAAGGACCCUGACGGUGACAAUGAUGAUACUGAGGAACAAGAUGCUGAAAAGAACACACACAGAGAAAAUAGGGUGAAGAGGAAAUCUGUAGCUCCUGACCUUGAGAUGAGAAUGUAACCCGGCUGCUUCAUUUAUUCCUUUGGAUUCUUUACUGUUUGAUUUGGGCCUAUUGUUGUAACUUUCUUGACAUGUCAUAUUUUUAGAGACGAUUCAACACGAUAGCUUACAGGACCAGCUAUAGUAAAAUGUAUGAAUUAAAACAUUAUUAAUUUAAAAUUUUCUCGGUCUGUUGAGCAUCUGA